AUGGAAGUGAUACUUCUUGGGGCUCAUGGCCUUCUGAGAACAGACAUAUUUGGUAAGGUAGAUCCAUAUGUUGUGAUUCAGUAUGGAAAUGAAGAGCACACCAGCAAAAUAGUUCAUGGACAAGGUAGCAACCCCGGGUGGAAUGAACGGUUCAAAUUCAAGGCACAAUACCCAGCAGACGCGGGAGACGAUGAACAAAGAAAAUACAGGCUCUUUCUUCGACUUAUGGACCACGACACUUUCACUCGCGAUGACUACCUUGGCCAUACCACGAUCUAUGUGAAGGAGCUACUUGAGUUAGGUGUGGAGAAUGGAAAGGCUGAACUUGGUACUCAUAAGUACAGGGGGGUUAUGAUGAAGAAGAUUAAUGAGGUGGAGGAACGCUAA